CCGGGGCGGAGCGCGGCGGUGCCGGCCGGGCCCGCGCUGCGGGCGGGGGGAGCCGCGCCUUGGCUGCCGGGCGGGCGGCUGCGCUCCCUCCGGCACCGGAGCCGUGGGGCGGCGAGCCCCGGGGCGGCCGCAUGUUUGCUCCAGGACGGAGCGGGCCGGGGCAGAGGCGGGCCGGCCCGAGCGGGGCCGUUGCGGGCGGCGGGGCCGCGCGGAGGCGGAGGCGGCCAUGGAGGGGCUGGCGGGGUACGUGUACAAGGCGGCCAGCGAGGGCCGCGUGCUCACCUUGGCCGCGCUGCUGCUGAACCGCUCCGAGAGCGACAUCAAGUACCUGCUGGGCUACGUGAGCCAGCACGGCGGGCAGCGCUCCACGCCGCUCAUCAUCGCCGCCCGCAACGGGCACGCCAAGGUGGUGCGGCUGCUGCUCGAGCAUUACCGCGUCCACACGCAGCAGACCGGCACCGUCCGCUUCGACGGCUUUGUCAUCGACGGCGCCACCGCGCUGUGGUGCGCGGCCGGCGCCGGCCACUUCGAGGUGGUCAAGCUGCUGGUGAGCCACGGCGCCAACGUCAACCACACCACGGUGACCAACUCGACGCCGCUGCGGGCGGCCUGCUUCGACGGGCGGCUGGACAUCGUCAAGUACCUGGUGGAGAACAACGCCAACAUCAGCAUCGCCAACAAGUACGACAACACCUGCCUGAUGAUCGCGGCCUACAAGGGCCACACGGACGUGGUGCGGUACCUGCUGGAGCAGCGCGCCGACCCCAACGCCAAGGCGCACUGCGGGGCCACCGCCCUGCACUUCGCUGCCGAGGCCGGGCACCUGGAGAUCGUCAGGGAGCUGGUCAAGUGGAAGGCGGCCAUGAUGGUCAACGGGCACGGCAUGACGCCGCUCAAAGUGGCCGCCGAGAGCUGCAAGGCCGAUGUGGUGGAGCUGCUGCUGGCCCACGCCGACUGCGACAGGAGGAGCAGGAUCGAAGCUCUGGAGCUGCUGGGGGCCUCGUUUGCCAACGACAGGGAGAACUAUGACAUUUUGAAGACUUACCACUAUUUAUAUUUAGCCAUGCUGGAGAGGUACCGCGACAGCGAGAAUGUCAUCGAGAAGGAGGUGCUUCCCCAGAUCGAGGCGUACGGGAACAGGUCGGAGUGCAGGACCCCUCAGGAAUUAGAGUCCAUCAGGCAGGACAGAGAUGCCCUUCACAUGGAAGGCCUCAUAGUGCGGGAGAGGAUCCUGGGCUCGGACAAUAUCGACGUCUCCCACCCCAUCAUUUACCGGGGCGCCGUCUACGCCGACAACAUGGAGUUCGAGCAGUGCAUCAAGCUCUGGCUGCACGCCCUGCACCUGCGGCAGAAAGGCAACAGGAACACCCACAAGGACCUGCUGAGGUUCGCUCAGGUCUUCUCGCAGAUGAUCCACCUGAACGAGCCCGUGAAGGCCAAGGACAUCGAGAGCGUCCUGCGCUGCAGCGUGCUGGAGAUCGAGCAGGGCAUGGCGCGCAUCAAAACCACGCCGGACGCCGACGUCCACACGGCCGUGGACAACUACGAGUGCAACAUCUUCACCUUCCUCUACCUGGUGUGCAUCUCCACCAAGACGCAGUGCAGCGAGGAGGACCAGUCCCGCAUCAACAAGCAGAUCUACAACCUGAUCCACCUGGACCCGCGCACGCGCGACGGCUCCAGCCUGCUGCACCACGCCGUCAACUCUGGCACGCCCGUCGACGACUUCCACACCAACGACGUGUGCAGCUUCCCCAACGCCCUGGUCACCAAGCUGCUGCUGGACUGCGGCGCCGACGUCAACGCCGUGGACAACGAGGGGAACAGCCCCCUGCACAUCAUCGUGCAGUACCACCGGCCCAUCAGCGACUUCUUGACGUUGCACUCCAUCAUCAUCAGCCUGGUGGAGGCCGGCGCCCACACGGACAUGACCAACAAGCAGAAGAAAACCCCUCUGGAUAAAAGCACCACCGGGGUGUCCGAAAUCCUCCUUAAAACUCAAAUGAAGCUGAGUCUCAAGUGCCUGGCUGCCCGCGCCGUGCGGAUCUACAACAUCGGCUACCAAAACCAGAUCCCCAGAACUCUGGAGGAGUUUGUCCAGUUCCACUAGGCCGUGUCCAACCUUUUGUGGUGGUGCUAUCCCGGGACAACACCAGACAGCAAAAUACACCCGUGUCCAUGAAGUUGUUUUUCUCCAUUCCUUUGGUUUUGGGCUCUUCUGGAUUCCGUCUGCGGCCCCAGUUCUCGGGUGGAGAUGGUGGAGGGCGGGGGCAGGAAAAGCCACAUUGUCCCGUAGUCGAAUCUGAUGUUUGAGAUUUUGGUCCUUUUAUCUUUUUUUUUUUUUUUUUUUUUUUUUUUUUAAUUAAAAGAAUCCCUUCCUUAGCUCUUGGUUUUCUAAACACCACGAAAAGAAUCCCCCAGGGUAACUCCCGUCGAACGUUUCGUGUCCGACACGAUUCGCAAAAUCGGAGUUUCAAACUCCUGGCAGUGAGGUGGGAAAAGAAAAAAUUGGGAAUUCUGUGGUAGUUGUGUUGAAAGGGGAGUGUCCACCCCCAGAGCAGUGCGUUGCUCUCGUACCUCACCGUGCUUCUAUGCCUGUCAGCUCGUGCUGAAGAUGUUGGUAACGUUUUAAAAGUCGCGUUUUUUACAUCAAAAUUCCCUUUUGAGCAGCAGUUAUCAACAGCUACAGACCUGAGGGGUGCUCUGUUAGGAAGUGCAGGUGGAAAAUUCAGCCCUGAGGGGGCUGUAUUCCAUCACUGACACUGCUCCAGUAAGUAUUGGAUAACCUAUGGACAAAAAAAAAAACUUCAAGAAUAAUCAGAAUCAUCGUUUCUUUUUCCGUAGCGCCGUCGCUCCUAUCCAAACAUCAUGCAUGGAUCCCUAGAAACUGGGUAGGGAAAUUUGUGUUUGUGUGUGUCCCAACAUUUCAAACUGCUUUUAACUUGGGGUUUUUUGUUUUUUUUUUCCUGUUGUUUCGACGCUCAACACGCACCUUUAUUUUUAUUUUUAUUUUUAUUUUUAUUUUUAUUUUUAUUUUUAUUUUUAUUUUUAUUUUUUUUUCUGACUCAAAGUCUGUCCAGCUGCACUCUUGGAUUCCAGAUGCUGUAUCUUCCUCACGGAGCCGUCUGCCGCCAAAGAGAGUCUUCCUUGAACCUGGCUUUUCCAAGAAGAGUUGGAGUCUGUGCCUCCCUGAACGGGACUCGAGGAUUUUUCAUGGUUUUUACUCCUUUCAAUAGGGAAAAAGAAAAAAAAUCUCUUCGUAAAACUGAUUUUUACAAAUAAAAAAAAAUAAAAAAAAAUUUUUCUCUUCUCAUCAACCUCUCCGCUGACGAGCGAGUGAUUGUACGGGAACGUUGUGGCUGGAGAACUUUUUGGGGAGAAGUGGCAGAUGCUCCCACAGGAAAAUGUCACUUGUUGGGGACAAGGCUCCUGAACCCUCUGUUCCUUUCCCACGCAGCUUUUUAACCGUCAGGAUGAACGAAUGUUCCGUGGGUUUUCGUUUUUCUUUUUUUUUUUUAAAACAAAAACAAUCCAGGUAGAACUUUCAGGCGAGAUUUGGGGCACACGUUUCUAUUUGUAUGACAAAGAAAUAAACAUUGAAUGUGGAAUUAC